UCCCUCUCCCCCAUAGGAAACAAGUGAUUGCUUUUAUUCCCUCAUUUGUGGACGCCCUGCCCAUUCCACGGCUUGCACCAGACAGUCCAGCCUGGGGUUCUGAUGGAUGCAGAGAAUGAACAGGUGCAGCUCCAAGACCAGUGCUGCUGGGCCGCUCUGCCUGAUGUGUGUCUGCGCCGUAUCUUCUGGUGGCUGGGUGACAGGGACAGGUCCAGGGCGGCCCUUGUUUGCAGAAAGUGGAACCAGAUCAUGUAUUCGGCUGACCUCUGGCGCUCCAGGACCAUCACCUUCAGUGGGAGGCCCUCCCGGGUGCAUGCCUCUGAGUUUGAAUCUGCCCUUUGGUACGUGAAGAAAUUCGGUCGCUACCUAGAACACCUAGAGAUCAAAUUCUUGAACCCUUACAACGCAGUCUUAACUAAGAAGUUCCAGGUCACCAUGCGGGGCCUCCUGUCGUGUCUGGGCAAGAACAACAGCCGGCUGAAGUCGCUGUCCAUUCAGCACCUUGAGCUGGACCGCCUGGUCUGGAGGACCAGCAUCCGGGCCUCGUUCAUCAAGAGCCUGAGCUUCUUCUUAAAGAAGAUGGGAAGACAUCUGGAUUACUUGAACCUGAAAAGUGCCAGGCUAACCGUGGAGCAAGGUUGCCACAUACUCAACUCCUUGAGCUACCUAAGGAACAAGAACGCAGCCUCCGAGCUCAACAUCGAAGACUUCUUCAGCCACCACCUGGCCGUCUACAGCAGCCCCCAGUUCCACAAGACCAUGGCCAUGUUCCACAACCUGGAGUCCCUGACGCUCAACUACAACUGCAUCUCCGAUGAGCUGCUUGAGUCACUGUGUGAGAACAAUGCCGGCACCCUGUGGACCCUCAACAUCAAGUGCCACAUUCAUGAUCCCCACGGGCAGGUUAUCUGGGGCAUGUCCUGGGGCAGAUUGGCUGGCCAGGCCCCCAAUCUGAAGGUGAACUUCUUCUUUGAGCGGGUCAUGAAGUAUGAGCGCUUGGCCCGGAUCCUCUUGCAGGAGAUCCCCGUGAGGAGCAUCAGCCUGAGAAGUUGUUACUUCAGCGACCCCGACUGGUCCAUGCGGCCCACUCUGACAGAGCUGCUGCCCACCUUCCGGCACACCCUACAGAAACUAACCUUCGAGUUCAACAACAACCACGAGUCCCUGGACGAGGAGCUGCACCUCCUCAUCCUAUCCUGCCGGAAGCUGUUUUACUUCAAAAUCUGGGCUUUCCUUGAUGUCAGGUUUGUGGAGCGGAUUCUAAAGAGCCAGGAGGAAGGGCAAUGUGCCCUACGCACACUCAAGGUGAGAAUUUAUACGAACAGAUACGAGACGAACGAAGAGGACAGGACUCUGCGGGAAAUUUACAGGAAGUACAGAAACCUGAUUGAUUCAGAGCUGAACUAUUUUGUCAUCGCUUACCCCAUGAUGUAAUCAGCACUCUCCAGAGGAACAAAA